AUGGAGGAAGCAAAGACGCUCAUCCGGACCACAGUCCGCACGUUCUUCCCUCACCCGAAACAAAUCCUCAUCGUCGACGCCAUCAUGCUCCAUUCUGUCUUACAAAUGGACGACCUGGCCGUCCUGGUGUCGGCUCAACCAAAAGAUAUCCGCAGUAUCAUGAAUCCUCUGCGCGCCGCCCGGCUCAUCCAAACCCACUCCCGCAUGGAAGUGCGAGUAGGUUCCCAACGCGGCAGUCCACGAGAAUACUAUUACUGUCCGUUCCACCCGGCCAUCGACGCCAUCAAAUACCGCAUCGCCAAACUCCGGAAGAAGGUGGAGGCGCUGUACCAACAAGACGAGACCAAGCGGAAGGACUGGCGCUGUCCACGCUGCAAGGCGGAGUACGAAGAGUUGGAGAUUCUCGACAAGAUCGGCGACGAAGGGUUCUACUGUGACCGAUGUGGUGCCACGCUGGUGCAGAACGAACAGGCCACACAGGACCGAGGCAACCACGAGAAGAUCCGGCGAUUGAACGACCAGCUCAAGAAAUUCGACGACAUGAUCCUCAAGCUCGACCGAAAGAACGUGCCCGAGAACGACUUCAUGUCCGCGUGGGAGAGGAAGAAAGAAGUGCCCAAGGAACGCGGCGGCAAGGCCGAGAACCAAUACGUCGAACUGAAGCGCGACAACAAGAACUUGAAACGCGGGCCCGAGAUGGUCAAGGUCGAGAACCUAGCCGUCAAUUUGACCAGUGGUGCGGAAGCGGAGCGCGAAGAGGCCGAGCGUCAGGAAGAACGGCGGAAACUGCUGGCCAAGCAGAACCAGUUGCCGGUAUGGCAUACCAGCAGUGCCAUUGGAGCCUCGACCGCGAGCAGCUCCUCCGCGGGCACGGGCGGUGUCAAGGUGGAAAUGCAGCUGGACUCCGUGGAUGUCGCCGGACUCGGCAUGCCGAAGAAGGAAGAAGAUGGAGACGAAGACGAAAAGAAGCCCGAUCUCGUCGCGGGUGGCGCCGCCAAUUCGUUGCAGGACGAAGUCGCCGCUUACAUGGCGGAGAUGGAACGCGAGCGCGAAGAAGCGGCCAAGCGAGACAAGGAAGAAGACGACGAGGAAGCGGAAGAAGAAGAGGAUCUGGAGUUUGAAGACGUCGAUGUCGUCGGGUCCAGCGUUGCAGGCACACCUGUCAGCAGUUCGCAACCGCAACCACCACUACCAUUACCACCAUCACAACAAGAACAACGACAAAACCAAGAAAGUCUAGACGUGAAGCCGGCCAACGGUCUCAAGCGCGACUUCGACGCAAGUAGUCCGCCCAGCAGCGAUGCCAAUACGCCCGCCAGCAGUUUCGCCGUGUCUUUCGAGAGAGACACGGACAGGGACAGCAAGCGACUCAAGCUCGAGAACGGCACUUCUCCACCGAACGGAACUGGAAACGGAAAUGGAAAUGGAAACGGCCAGGUCGGAGCGGAUGGCUUGUCGGCAGAUGCUGGGACGAAUGGCGAUGGCGAUGGCGAUGGCGAUGGCGAUUCCGAAGAAGACGAGGACUUUGAGGAUGCCAUAUGA